GCGAGUAUGACAAACUCAGCAGGUUUUCCAAGGAGAAGAGGCUGGUGGGAUCCAGACUUGGCCAUUUGCUGGGUUUGCUCUACAUCCACCAGCACUGGGAUCUCUUCCAAGAUUUCAUCUCCGAAGAGGUUUUCCAGACUUCCAUGCAGCCCUCAACUCGCUCGACGUUUCCUGGACUCAGAAGAUGCGACUCAAAGGAUGGCUGUCAGCGAUGCUUUGCUGUUUGACCGCUUUGCUCAGCGCAAAACGAUGGAUCUUUCAAGUGAAAAGUUUGGUGAACGAGCUCAACCCGUUUAUGAGGCCCUCUCAUAUGAUAUAGCAGUCAUCACCAAGCUACGGCAAACUCAGCAACAGCUGGAGCUGCUGCUCUGCAGCAUCAAGUGGGAACCGUUUAUCGAGGACUUGCUUGUGCCUUGCCUUCUUCCAGACGUUCUGACACACCGGGAGAAAGUGGAAGACGCGGUCGCGCAUGCUCGGCUCAUGUUGAUAGAAGCAGACGCGAAUAUUUUCUAUGGCUGCUCCUUCAACUCAGCAAAGGCUCGGGACUGAGAAACAAAAGCUCCAUGACAGCAGCCAGCUACUCUGGUAUAGCUACUCAGCUACCCAGUUUCCUGCUUGUCAUCUUCGUCUUGCUUUCCUUGCGUACAGGCACAUGCUUCGCAAUCCUUCUCCCAUAGACAAGUUGUUCAGGUGCUUUUACCUUGAGGCAGUGCUACAUUCAACGACGGCCGGGGGGGUCAAAGUGCUGACCCCGGAAGACUAUCCGGACACAGUCCCUCCUGAGUUUCAAGAGGACAUUUCUGAAAAAGAUCUGCGCGUGUUUCGCAUCAUUCCUCAUGAAACUUCGUUCGGCUCAAAGUCGAACGUGGUUUUUGCAAGACUGUGCGACUUUGACCUCAAGAGCAUCCUGUUGGGGGAGCCCGUGGCCAGGGAAAGGGUGUGCCAAGCUCAUAUACUUAUCGACAAGGUCUGGCCAACUCCAAAGGAGCUGUACGAGUGUCGCUAGAAAAGCCAACAAAACUGUGACAAAAAAAAUUGCACCUGUCAGCGAGAAUACCUGGUCGAGCUGGGACUGAGGCUGCACAUUUGGAGGUCCGCUAGAGGCA